GCCCUUCUUCUUAAGGCACGAGAAACGUGAUUAAAAGCCAGUUUGAUUGCGUUGUCAUGUUUCACAAAGACUUCAGAAACACUGAAACCAUCUGACACCAUCUUCAUGGAUGCACCCAGCGCCUGAGUGCAGAGGUUUUUUUCAUGGGUGAAGAUCUUCUCUGGUACAAUCUGUAGCAUUUUCUGGUGCAACUUGUAGUGUUGAGAAGAUGCAGUUCCGCACAGUCCUCGACGUUAAUGUGGUGGACGUGCAGAAGAGGAGGAAUCCAUCCAAACACUAUGUGUACCUUAUCAACGUCACUUACUCAGACUCCACCUCCCAUGUCAUCUACAGGAGAUACAGCAAAUUCUUUGACCUGCAGAUGCGAAUCCUUGACAAAUUCCCUCUCGAGGGAGGACAGAAGGACCCCAAAAGUAGGAUCAUCCCCUUCUUGCCAGGUAAAGUCUUGUUUCGCCGCAGUCACAUCAGAGACGUAGCCGUCAAAAGACUGAAACACCUGGAUAAUUAUUGCAAAGCUCUGAUGAAGCUGCCCUCCCACAUUUCCCAAAGUGAGGAGGUCCUUAAGUUCUUUGAAACCAAGUUGGAGGACCUCAACCCUCCCACAGAAGACUGUGGAGUCUCCGGUAAACGUAAAUCAGGUCUGGAUACGUCGGACCCCAUGCUCCUGGAACAGUACGUGGUGGUGUCCAACUAUGAGAAACAAGAGCCUGCAGAGAUCAGUCUCCAAGCAGGGGAGGUUGUGGACAUCAUUGAAAAGAGCGAGAGUGGUUGGUGGUUUGUCAGCACAGCAGAGGAGCAGGGUUGGGUACCAGCUACCUAUCUCAACUCCCACAGUGGCACAAGGGAUGACUUGGAGCUGGGCGCCGCAAAAGCAGGGGAAGUUACUAAGCGGCAUAAGGCUCACCUGAAGAGGCUGGACCGGAGGUGGACGUUGGGGGGUGUCAUCAGCCGCCAGCAGAGCCGAGAAGAGAAGUACGUAUCCCUGCAGCCGUACUCCAGCCAGGGCAAAGAUGAAAUUGCUUUUGAGAAAGGAGUCAUUGUGGAGGUGAUUCAAAAGAACCUGGAAGGCUGGUGGUUUAUCAGGUAUCAGGAUAAGGAGGGCUGGGCUCCGGCCUCGUACCUCAAGAAGGUGAAGGAUGAUUUCUCCCCUCGAAAGAAGACUGUGACAGGCCCGGUGGAAAUAAUAGGAAACAUCAUGGAAAUCAGCAACCUGCUUAACAAGAAGACCUUGAGCGAGAAGGAUGUGCAGACGGAGGGUGUCCCAGAAAGUCCCCAGAUUGCCAGGAAGGAGAUCAGCAUGCCAAUCCUCUGCACUGACUCCAGCCCCAUUAAUGCCCCACAAGAUGGAAAAAGCAAAGUAGAGCCUGCUUCGCCAGCGGUAGCCCGUAUAGCCCCACACCGGGUAGAAAUUGGCUCUCCCGUCCUAAGGCAAAAACCUCCUCCUCGGAGAGAUGCAACCCUUGGGUUCCAGUUGCCCUCCCCCCCAGAGCCCCCUGCAGUUGAAGCAGAGUACUACACCAUUGCAGAUUUCCAGUCCUGUAUAUCUGAUGGAAUCAGUUUCAAUGGAGGACAGAAAGCAGAGGUUAUUGAGAAGAAUUCUGGCGGGUGGUGGUAUGUCCACAUCGGUGAGAAGGAGGGCUGGGCUCCCUGCUCCUACAUAGACAAACGUAAAAAGCCCAACUUGAAUCGAAGAACGAGUACUCUGUGUCGGCCAAAAGUUCCCCCUCCAGCUCCGCCAGUGAAAAAACAGGACUCAGUGGAGACUGCACCUCCCAGCAGCCCUGGAUCCGAGGCCCCGGAGUCUCCCGUGUCUCCUGGGAGACCCGUGUAUGAGGAACCAGAGUAUGAUGUCCCUGCUAUUGGCGAUCUGGACCUGGAGUCUGAGUUUGAGUUUCUCCGGGGAGAAGGUUCUCUGGUAGAUGCAAAGACUGAGGACACUGCCUCAGAAAAGGGAUCUCAUCCGUCCUCCAAGCCGUCUCCAGCUUCGUCGCUCCACAGUGCCUCCUUCAAGAUGGGUGAGUCCUCUGAGGAUGGCCAUGAAGUGGAAGGGGAGGCGGAGGGAGAGGAGGAGUGUAUCUAUGAAAACGACGGCUUCCGCCCCUUUAGGGAGACCCCAGAAAGGCAGUGCAGCAGAGACUCAAACUCUUCCAAGACAAAUGUCCUGUCAGAAACUGGCAAGACUGCAAACCCAAUAUCAGGUGGAUGGAAACCUGCUGGCAACAAACUCAAGACCGAUUUAAAUGGAGCACUUUCACCCAAACCUGAGGAGACAUCCAGUCCAAAACCUGCCCCCACUGAGGCCCCCCCAGAUUUGUUCAGACCUAAGAAAGACCAAGAUGAGAGCAAGACAUCUUCCACCAAGUCUUCCUCUAAGCUAAGACCAGUGGUGAGACCCAAACCACAACUUGCUAAGGCAUCCAGCGCAGAGAAGAUGGACAUCAGCACCUUGAGAAGACAGCUGCGGCCAACGGGUCAGCUGAAGAAUGGCACCAGAACUAAAGGUGAAGACUCAGAGACGGCUUCGGUUAUUUCUUCAGAAGACUCCUAUUCCUCUCAGAGCAUGUCUGAUCUCUCUUCCAACUACUCUAAGGGCAGCCGGGGCGAUUCCGACCUGGAAGGCUGCAACCUGUACCGAACCACAGAUCCCUAUGAGAAAGUCCAAGUUUCUGAACUCAGCUUCCCAGCUGGAGUGGAAGUAGAAGUGCUGGAGAAGCAGGAAAGCGGAUGGUGGUAUGUCCGCUGGGGAGACGCAGAGGGUUGGGCUCCGACGUAUUACCUGGAACCGGCCAGGCAACAGGACGACACGACAGAAUCGGAAUCUGACGGCACCACGACUAAACCCGGAAGCCUCAGCAAGUCCAACAGCCUGGAGAAGAACGAACAAAGGGUGCGUGUCUUGAACAACAUCAACCAAAACCUUAAAAAAGUCAUGCCACCCAUCCCCUCAAAGCCUCCGGGCGGUCUCUCCAAACCCACCAGCUUGUUCAGCUCGCUCAAGCAGAAUAACACCAAACAGCAGCAGGUUGUCAGGCCUCAAUCCGUCUUCAUCUCAGCCCCAAUCAGAGAUGGUCCCAGCCCUGCUGGCUCUCUCAGGAGAAACGAGUCCCUCAACUUAACAGACCACCCACGUGCCAGCCCCACAGUUCGACGCAAUGCAUCUUUCGGCACGGUGCCUCGUAGCCUGGCACCAAACAGCAUAGCACUGCCCAACAGGAACAGAUCUGGUACAGGUAGCUCUGAAUCUCUGGGCCUCAGCUCUCAGAAGAAUGUCCUUCCUGUGUCCACGGUGAAGCCAAAGCCCCACAUUACCCUUAAAAAUCUCACAGAGGUGUACGUCUCCAUAGCAGAUUACCAUGGCGAUGAGGAGACCAUGGGAUUUCCUGAGGGAACACAUCUAGAGGUUCUUGAAAAAAACCCUAACGGCUGGUGGUACUGCAAGGUUCUGGACAAUGGUAGACCAAGAAAAGGAUGGGUUCCCUCAAAUUACCUCGAGAAAAAGCACUAGCACUCAUGUGGAGCUGGCAGUACUCUGGACAUGCGUGUUGAGACUACUCUAACAGAUGCUUUUAUUUUGUGAACAAGGUGAGCCUGGUACUUUCACCCAAACAAACUGCCAGAUCAAAUUACAAUUGCAAAUCUGGUUAAACGAGUCUACGGGAUACAGUAUUUUAGACUUUGCAGUCACAUGUUGGGACUUGGCAACACAGUAAAAGAGAACACCAGCCAGCAGAGGACUGAUUGAAAGAUACUGUAUUGGAAAAAAAAAAAAAAAGAUACAGCAGUUAACUUUAACUUGAAAUAUGUCCAUGUGUCUACUCCUUCAGCCCUUUUCUGUUAGUUUUUAAUGUCAUUUUUAAACACUUUUUAAGAACUUAUAGCUUACUGCAUGUCCAAAGUAAUUCAUUAUACCGACGAUGCCUUGAGCUGUUGAAAUUAACAUUUCUCUUUUCCCUUUCCUUCAAGAAGUCUGUUGUUGCCAAAGCUGCUUCCUGUUAGUCUCAUCUUGGUGCUGCAUGUUUUUUAUAUAUAUAUCCUCAUACUGUACGUCAUUUUUAUGUAGAGUAUUUUAUCCUUCUAAUUUUGUAAUAUUGUGUUUAUGAAACAAAUUGAGCAUCUCUGAUUACCAGUAUCUUGUUCCCCUCAAAGUUAAAAACAUUUAUUGAUGAGCUCCCUGGAUUUUUUUUUUUUUACAAAAAAACAAACAAAAAAAAAACAACUUCUCAGUGAAAAUUAUAUUUAUUCAUGACUUAAAAACCAUAUUAAAACAUGCUUUAACCAAACUGCUCUAUUAAAAAAAAAUUACACAUUGAAUUUCUGCUGGGCAGUAAAUUUAACAAAACUCUCUUUUUAUGGGAUGCUCAUUUUUGUUUUAUGUUUACUGUUUGACCAGGUUUAAUAACUGAAGUGCCAAAAGAAUGACUUUAAUAAAUGCACUUUUGAACAA